AUGCAAUCCCUGCCUGACUCCAUCGGCCUCUUAUCGUCCCUCGAAACCCUCCACCUGCGCGCGAUCGCUGUCAGCUCUUUCCCAGACUCCUUCGCCCACCUCUCCUCCCUCAAACGACUCUUUAUCGCCAGCGUCCAACAGCUGCGAUCGCUUCCUGACUGCGUCAGAGAGCUGCCCUCCCUGCAAGAACUGACCAUCAAGUCCUGCUUUUCCUUAUCCGCCCUCCUGCCCUCGCUCUCCGCCCUCUCCUCCCUCACUGCGCUCACCAUUUAUCACUGCAGUGCCCUAGCCUCGUUACCGGAGGAUAUCGGUGACGCUCCCCGCCUCGCAUCCCUCGUUCUCGACAAGCUUAACUCCCUUACGGCUAUUCCGGACUCUCUCGGUCUCCUCUCCUCCCUAACGCACCUUCACGCGGCGGAGUGUAGGGUUCUAGCGUCGCUGCCGGCGUCUUUCGCGGGGAUGAACUCCCUCUUUCGCCUACAGCUUCUCGAGUGCUCCGUGAGAUCGCUACCCGAAAAUUUCGGGCAGCUGUCUGCGCUGACCGAGCUGCAUUUGAACAAAAUGGCCUGCGAUUUGCCCAGAUCGUUCGGGCAGCUGCUGAAGCUGCGGCGGCUCAUUUUAUAUCGUUGUGCGUUUCGGCACCCUCUGCCGGCCACUCUCACUCAGCUUGAAAACCUUACCAUCCAUGGCUGUAACAAUCUAGAAACCCUGCCCGAAAAUAUCGGGUAG